AUGUCACCGCCGCAAAGCCCCGACGAAAAGCUCCGCGACCAGGACAUUCAAUCCUUGCUGGAAGCGGGCGUGGGCAUGAUCCAAUUGGAAGACUUGUAUGGCCCCAAAGCGGUUCAUAGAGUAGCAGAGGCGUAUAUUACGAGUAACCUUGACCCCACCGACGACAAGGACGCCAACAAGAAACAUCAAGACCGUCGCUCCAAGUUGGCCACGUUACUCUUUCUACGGGCUCCGUCGUCGUCCCUCCAAUCCAUUACGAAAAGUUCCGAUGUCGUGGACGCGGUCUUUGAAGCACUCGUGGCAGAUCCAGAAGAUCCCCUCUUGAUGGAUCCUCUGUUGCACACGCCUCUGCAUGAUCCCGUCGUACUGAGUUCCGGGAUUAUUGUCGAUCGAUCCACCGCCAUGGAUCCUGUCACGGGAAAACUGCGUCUCCACAAAUGCCCCUAUCGACGCAUUCCAAUCCACUUGCCCGUCUACGAAGUACUGCCACUGCAAGAACGCGUGCGAGAAUGGGAACGGGCUCGAUUAGAACGCUGUGUCUCGGUGGCGGCGACCAUGGUAGCACACAAACAGUUCGAACGGGCCGAAAAGGUAUUUACCAUUUCUCAUGGCUUUUUGCAAGAACAUCAACAUCGACUUGAAAAAAUUGGAAUGCACGCUGACUUGCAGCAAUUGCAGCAGCAACAACAACAAUACCCAACGAGUGCUACCAACAGUGGCGCUCCCAAGCAUCAAGCCAGAGAAAUUCUACUACUGGCCCUCCAGCUGGCCCAACUCGAACGGGAGCUACCCGGAGUCAAGGACGAUGUCCCACGGACGGUCGACAUUCAUCGACGAUUGAUUGCCGUUGCCAAGGCUUGCAGUACCGACAAGGCGGAUUUGGAGACGCUUGUCAUGGCCUGUUUGGAGGAUUGCUGGAAACGAUGUUCCAUUUUGUUGGCAUUUGCCGGAAAGAAUGCAUCCGACAAGGCAUUGGGCAUCCGACAUGCAUUUGCCCCCAUGAUCAAAUACACCACGCUGAUGCAGUUGAGUUUGUUUGACGAAUUGCAAAAGCUAUGCCACUUGGAUCUGACACUGGCCAAGCACGUGGAAGAUGAACCCAGUAUUUGGAACUGCCGGCGAGUCUUAUUAAAGCUGUUGCCCGAAAAGGAACGGGCAGAAUUCUUGCAAACCGAAGGCAUUACCGGAGAGGAAGAAGAUUUGUAUUAUCAUCUCCUCUACGAUGCAUCGUUGUGGAAUCAGGAAAAGUUUACCGAUCCAGCCAUUGGACUGGUUCAUUUUGGCUCCAGUUCGUCCGCGGCAACACGCAACAGCAGCGACGAACACGAUGAUCCCGCGCCGACUGAAACCUCGGGCCUCCUUUGCAAGGUCAAUCUGAAUCCGCACCCCAAGGGCGAUCAUUGGAUUGAAGUGGCCUUUCGACCCGACAAUAUACAAUCUCCAGGACAUUUGAAUUCCAUCUUGUCGCAGCAUGGUGAUGGUACCGGCUGGGAGAUUCGCUGUGCGGUACGUCCCCGAGCUGGAAUCAAUUUUGGAAAAGUCUUUUUGAUGCACAAUCACAAGGUGGAGCGACGAGACUCGGGUGGGAUUCAUGUCGAAGCGCUUUGGACCACUACGAGUAAAAAUAAUGGGAAGACGCAACACAAUGAAUUCACCAACACCAAGGUGCCAUUAGAGAUUGGGACAUGGUACCAUGUCAUCCUGGCUUACUGUCAUGAGCUUGGCACGUUGUCGCUGUAUGUGAAUGGACAAGUGGUGCGUCGUCAAGUUACCGGCGACUUUGUUCCCUCCAAGGGACCCAUGGCGCAGCCGCGAAUGGGACAAAACAUGCAAUGGUUGGAACGACGAUUUCAAGGAUGGGUUGCCUUUGCAGGAGGAGGAUACGAAUUGCCCGUGAAUGGCAAUGAUUUCGACGCGCUGGAUGACUACGUCCAGAAACUCACCAAGGCGCGGUUGUCCAAACUGCCCAAGCAACCAGCCUUGCAUCAUCCCAAGGCGGAAGACGAAGAAGACACUAGUAGUGGUGUUGGAGACUCCAUCAGUUGCAUGGAGAGUAUGAGUAUGAGCAGUGCCAGCGCCUUGGGCUUUGAAGACGAGCACGAGCACGACGAUAGUGCCAGUGAUCACGACGGCCCAGAAGUUGUCUAA